UGACACCCCCCAGUUUCCUUCAGUAGCUGGCAUAGUGAAGACCUGGAUAGAUCGAACUACACAGGUUGACCCCUGAGAGCCUUACCUUCAGACAGAGCCUAGUACACACGGGACCUCUGGACAGUGUCUGAGGGUCAGCUUAUCAGAAACCAGAGAGAGUCAUGUCACAUACCAUGAUGACAACCAAGGAGAGGAAGAUGCAGGCAGCAGCCAUUGUGAGGGAAAUCCAAGGAUCCAAUGAUUCUGAUUCUAUGGACUUGGGAAAGAAGAUCAGUGUCCCCAAAGACAUCAUGCUAGAGGAAUUAUCACUGCAGUCCAACAGGGGCUCUCGCCUCUUCAAAAUGCGCCAGAGGAGGUCAGAGAAAUACACUUUCGAAAGUUUCCAGAAUGAAACCAACAUGCAGAUGAACAACUGUGUGUCUGUUCAAGCACAGAAUAAUGAAACAACAGAAACUAACAAAGGAGAAGGGAACAGCUUGGAUGCUGGCCAUUCGCCUAAAACACCACCAAAUACGCCUGACCCCAGGACUCCUCCAAACCCAGACACAAUAGCCCCAGGCUAUGGAGGGCCCUUGAAGGACAUUCCUCCAGAAAAGUUUAACACCACAGCUGUCCCCAAAUCCUACCACUCCCCCUGGGAACAAGCCAUCAUCAAUGACCCUAUUCUGGCUGACACUCUUCACCAGAAAAUGCCUAUCCCUGAACCCAGACCAGAGGGCCCAGACUUCAAGAGCUUUAACAGGGUUGCUACUCCAUUUGGUGGUUUUGACAGAGCCUCCAGACUUAUAACCUUCAAAGCACCAGAAAAGGAUUUCAACCCCAUUAUUGCAAUUCCCAAAUUCUCUGAACUCCAAGACCAGGUUACCAAGCGUCCAACUUUCAACAGGACAGCCCAGGGGUGGGUCUCAGAUGGCAGCCCGGCUGUCAUCCCUGUGGUGCCUUUGGAACCCCUCGUCCCUGAAUCUGAUGACCUAUGAUCUGUGAACUUGAUGAAUGUAUUUGAUUAACAAGCAAGAGUAUCUGUGUACAAUGGACCUGAUUUGCCAAAGAUGGAAAGAGCUUUACUAAUGGAUAUAAAGUAAUGAGUUUAUCUUAAGUGAUAAGGUAUAGAGAUUAUCUUAUUUUGCAAAGCUGAAAGUGGCAAAUUUGCACAUUCAGAAUUUGCUUUAUUCAUUAGUAGACAUUCAUUAGUAGACCCUUUAUCAUCUUUUGAAAAACAGAGUCUCAAUUAUAUAUGACAAUAUGCCACAGCUAUAUUUUUCAUGCUGAAGCACGAUCUCAUAAAAAUGAACGAGAAAAGGUAUUGUACUUCUGUUUUCCAAACAUCUGCAUUGAAUCACCUUUCUACAUGCUAAAGAUAUAUUGGCCAUAAAAUUUAAAGUUCGGAAUUGAAUCCUCUAUUGAAUUAAAUGCAAAACAAUAUGUAAAUAUGUUGUAUGUACUGUAUGAUCAUCAAAGCAUAUAGAAUACUUAGUGCUUUUGUGUAAACAACAAAAAGCAAGUCUAAUUUAUGUACUGUACGUCUUCAAUGCUGUUGCUGAGAGAUAAUCUUUUAGUUUGCUUUACUGUGUUAUGUUCUCAAGUUAUCACUAUGGGUCUGUAUAUUGCAUUUUAUUUAAAAUUCGUGGAGGUGAUUAAGCUGGAUUUUGUGUGAAUUUGUAUUUAUUAUUUUUGAAAAAAAGUAACAGCACACAAUAACAACGCUGCAUAGAAAAAACAUCCUAUUUACUUCCACACCCACCUUCCCUCAUCCUUGAAAACAUCCCCUGAUGUUAGUACAUCUCCCCUCCCUACACAAGCAGCAUCUUCCUCAGUUCACAACCCCAGAGGUCCAAGACCUCCAAUACAAAUAACCAAGAAUAUAAUGUAAACUGUACAAGGAUUUUAUAAACCAGUUUAUGAUUGUUUCAGAAAGUAUGAAAGAAUGUGAGCAACACAGUGGUGGACCUUUUGUGCAAAGGAUUUUUAUUUCAUUUCAGUUUUUGGUCUUGGUUAUAAUUGUUAUAUAGCAUCAUCAUCAACAAUAAAUGAUUUCAAGUCAAAUACAUGAAUAUACUGUAGCAUGCUUAAUUCUGAAACCUAAUAAGUAACAUGAUAGAUUUAUUUUUUUUACUUCAUGUUUACCACAGUCAAACAAUCUGUAUCAAGUGCAUCUUAAGUCAAGUGUUAUUUCUGCAUUUAAAGUAAAGACUACAGUGACCCAU